CUCGGAGGCGAGGCCGGGCUCCCAGCGCGCCCCUCCCGUCUCCCCCGCAAAAAAGUUGGAGCCGCCGCUGCCGGGUCGCCCGCGGAGUCGCGCGUUGGGAGCUACGUGGGGCAGGGAAGUCAUGGCUUCUCCGUCCAAAGGCAAUGACCUGUUUUCGUCCGACGAGGAGGGCCCCGCGGUGGUGGCGGGGCCGGGCCCCGGGCCCGGGGGCGCCGAGGGCGCCGCGGAGGAGCGCCGCGUCAAGGUCUCCAGCCUGCCCUUCAGCGUGGAGGCGCUCAUGUCCGACAAGAAGCCGCCCAAGGAGGCGUCCCCGCGGCCGGCCGAAAGCGCCUCGGCCGGGGCCCCCCUGCGGCCGCUGCUGCUGCCGGGCCACGGCGCCCGGGAAGCGCACAGCCCCGGGCCGCUGGUCAAGCCCUUCGAGACCGCCUCCAUCAAGUCGGAGAACUCAGAAGAUGGAGCCGCGUGGAUGCAGGAAUCCGGCCGGUAUUCGCCGCCGCCCAGACAUAUGAGCCCUACCACCUGCACCCUGAGGAAACACAAGACCAAUCGGAAGCCGCGCACACCCUUUACCACAUCCCAGCUCCUCGCUCUGGAGCGCAAGUUCCGCCAGAAACAGUACCUCUCCAUUGCAGAACGUGCGGAGUUCUCCAGCUCUCUGAACCUCACAGAGACCCAGGUUAAAAUCUGGUUCCAGAACCGAAGGGCCAAGGCGAAAAGACUGCAGGAGGCAGAACUGGAAAAGCUGAAAAUGGCUGCGAAACCUAUGCUGCCCUCCAGCUUCAGUCUCCCUUUCCCCAUCAGCUCGCCCCUGCAGGCAGCGUCCAUAUACGGAGCAUCCUACCCAUUCCAUAGACCUGUGCUUCCAAUCCCGCCCGUGGGACUCUAUGCCACGCCAGUGGGAUAUAACAUGUACCACCUGUCCUAAGGAAGACCAGAUCAAUAGACUCCAUGAUGGAUGUUUGUUUCGAAGGGUUUCCUCUCCCUCUCCAAGAAGGCAGUACCAGCCGAUACUCCUGCUCUGCAAACCCUGCCUGCGCCACCCUAAGCGGCUAGGCUGACAGAGCCACGCGACAAAGUUGAAAUUUGUUCUUUAGGCGGAGGCACCAAGCCCUGUUUUCUUGGUGUGAUCUUCCAGCUGUCCCCUUCUCCUUUCACAAAGAUUGGCUCUGACGGUUUUUAUGUAUAAAUAUAUAUAUAAUAAAAUAUAGUACGUUUUUAUACAGCAGACGUAAAAAUUCAAAUUAUUUUAAAAGGCAAAGUUUAUAUACAUAUGUGCUUUUUCCCCCUAUAUAUCACCUUCCUGAAAGAGACUGCGUAAAUCCGUGUGUUGUAUUUUCUUAAAGAGGGAUACAGAUUAUUUGCAAAAUUUGCUAAAGUCAAUGAUUUUGAUGGGAUUAUUGACUUCUGCUUAUGGAAAACAGAUAUUAGAAUUAGACACAAUGCACGUAGAAAGUAUUAGAUAUGGGGCGAUUAUUCAAAGUGAAGGGGACACAUCAUAUUUCUGCAUUUUACUUACAUUAAAAGAAACCUUUAUAUACUACCAUAUUUAUUCAUACCUCCCCCCUCCCUACCGCCACCCCACCACACACAUUUUUAAAGUUUUUUAAAGUUUUUUUUUUUUUGUAAGACUAAUAACUGGGAUGAGAAGAAUCCUUAGAAUACCUGGAAGUGAAAAAUAGGAAUACUUCCUAAUUCUUCUCAAGGCUGUUGCUUAACUUCAUUUCAGAUAAUUGGAGAGUAAAAAGUUAAAGCCUGUUGGAAGGAAUGGAUGGUUUCUGAGAAAUAACUAGGCACAUUCGUUCUCACAGAUUGCAAAGGUGAUUUGGAUGUGUGUGCAGGGGUGGGGGGGAGGGGCGGAUAAUAGUAACUUUCUGCUUAAAAAAUGAGUAUCUUGUAACUUACCUAUAUGCUAAAUAUUGAAAAAUUAGUAGAUCCAGAAAGAAAAAAAAAAAAACAUGCUUUCUCUGUUUGUACCUAUUGUAUGUCCUAAACUUACUAGGAGAUUUUAUAUACUUUUUAACAUGUUGGCAGAAGGUAAAGCCAUAUUUUGACUUGGUGAAAAUGGGGUUGUCAAACAGCCCAUUAAGCUUCCCGGUAUUUCACCUUCCUGUCCAUCUCUCCCUCCCUCCAGUAUACCUUUGUCCCUUUGAAAGGGUGCCUUGUACAAUUUUAUAUAUUUUAUCGAAGAGUUAUCUCUUAUUCUGAAUUAAAUUAAACAUGUGUUUUAUUGCAGUAAAGUUGUCCAAACUCACAAUUA